AUGGAUGAGAACCUACUUGCCGCGGUGGUCGUCCUCCGUUUCUACGAAGAGCUUGAUACACAGGCAAGCCUGGCGCUUUGCUCGACUGGCUUUCGGUCCGCUGUAUUCUGGGUUGGCUUCCGUCAAGAGUUUCACUUAGCCUAUUCCCAACAACGGUCUUUUCGCCUGCCGCUCAGAGUUUGCGAUGACUAUCUCCAUGGUGGGGAUGCGCCCGAUCAUGUGUUGGUAAACAGGCUGAUCAUCAUUUGUGCGCAUAUUGUCCAAUAUUGCUAUGGCGAUCAAAAUCCAGUUGACUCUCCAUCUUAUGAGGAAUUGAUUGAUCUGUACCGUCACUGGCUGAACUGUCGACCAGCAUCCUUUUCGCCAGUGUUUUCUGCUGCGCCGGACAGAGAGAAGAAUGAAGUCUUUCCUCAAAAAUGGUAUCUCAAUGACUACCAUAUCCUUGCAGAGCAUAGUAUCGGGCUGAUAGACAUUUUAUUGGCGGCAUACGAUCCGACUAUCGCGCGGAUUGGGCCUGGUCAAAAAGGCGCGGAAGAAUUACUCGACUCCAAGUUAAAGUCGAUUGUUUUGGAAAUAUGUGGCAUAGCAUUGUCAAAUCGCCAGUCUCCGACGGCGCUACUGGCAGCAUGCAUUGCCAUCACCAUUUGUGGUGAUCGAUUCACGGACCGAUUUGAGCAAGAGGUAUUGAUGGGUGUUGUGGACAACACUAUCCGUGAUACCAACUACUGGCCUCCAACAAGCAUAAAGGCUCGGAUGUGUGGUGUAUGGGGAUGGGACUCAUAA